AUGGAGACGUUGAGAAAGCUAAGGAAAAAAUAUAGAAAACUGAAAGAAAAAAAAAGGAGAAAAUGGGAAGAAAAGAUGGAAAGAAAAAUAAGGAAGAUUAAAAAUGAAAGAGACGCAUGGGAAUUUAUUGGAAGAGACUGGAAGAAAAGAGAAAACAUUUCAGAAAAGUUCGAGAUAGAAGAAUGGAGAGAACACUUUAUGAAAGAAUUAGGAGGAGUGGAGAAGAGACCUGAAGGAUUAAGGAAGAGAGGAGGUGAAGAAGACACAGAACUAGACAGUGAACCAUCAGACGAAGAAAGCCUACAGGAGCAAUAUGGAAGAUGGAUAAUGGGGGUUGGGAAGCAAGUCCCUGGGUACAUCGUGAGAGAGGAAUUAAAGCUAGAAAAAAUGAGGGUAAAAUCGGGAUACAGGGCAAUUAGGUUUGAAGAAAAGGUUAGGAUGGGGACAGAGAGAGAACUGUUGAAAAAAUGUGUAGAAGAGAGGGGAGGAAAAAAUUGGAGGGAUAAGAGAUGGGAUGAAGGGAGGGAUAGGUAUAUGAAGAGAUGUGGAUGGUCGAAUACGGGACUGGAAGUAGAGUGGAGCAGAGGGGUGAUGAGAGGGUUAGAGAUGAAAAACAGGGACAGGGACAUCCAAAAGCAAGAAAAAAGGGCUAAAAUAAGAACAUCUAGGUUUAAUAGCAGAUUUGAGGAAUUCAUGACAGAAAGGGAACCGGAAUACUGGGGGGAGAGAGCUAGAUGGAAAACGAUAGAGAGAAAAAUGAUAGCGAGAUUAAGAUGUAAGAGUGAAUGGAGAGGAAACUGGUAUUGGAUGGUUGAUGAGGAAAGAAAGUGUAGAUUAUGUGGGAAGGAGAUGGAGACUCUAGAACACGUAGCUAGGAGGUACAGGAAAAUGAGAGGAUGGGAGGAAUCGUGGGAAGAAUUAUUAAGACAGAAAGGGAAAGGGGUUGAAUGGAUGGCUGAAUGGUUGAAAAGAAUUGAAGAAAGAGAAAGAAAGGAAUAG